GCUACUCUGGACAUUACCGCCUGGUGUUGGCAACAGUAUGCUAACCAGCGCGAAGCCAGGGAGGCGAAAUGAUUUCCAACAAACCGCCGCUAUUACGAUUUACUCAGAUUCUCGUGAGAUGCCGUUUAGCAAGCUAGCUGAAUAAACACGUGUCCGUGUCGUCUUCUGUGACACCUCAGUCCGGCCUUCAGAGUGAGGAGGAAAUGAGCCAACUGAGUGUCCGUCGCUGGACGCCCAAACACGUCGCCAAGUGGCUGAGGGAGGAGGGCUUCUGCGACUAUGUGGACCUGCUGUGCAACAAGCACCGACUGGACGGCACCAGUCUGCUCGCCCUCAGCGAGUACGACCUCCGCUCGCCGCCUCUGGAGCUCAAGGUGCUGGGGGACAUCAAGCGGCUGAUGGUGUCCAUCCGCAAGCUGCAGAAACAGAACAUGGACGUGCUGGAGGAGCUGGGGCUUCCCUUCGACGGCCAGUCUCCUACGGGCUCCGGAGGCAGUUUGGACUGGCUGUGUAACGGAGAUUCGGGCCGGGACUGUGACAGCACUGACACGGCACCGGUAGGCGAGGAGUAUCACCAGUACACCAAUGGGAAGUACAAGCAGCAGACGAGGCGCCUGGAUCCAGAGUACUGGAAGACGAUGCUUAGCUCCAUCUAUGUGGUCUUUGUGUUUGGGUUCACGUCCUUCGUCAUGGUCAUAGUGCACGAGAGGGUGCCCGACAUGCGCACGUAUCCUCCACUGCCAGAUAUUUUCCUAGACAGUGUUCCCAGAAUACCAUGGGCCUUUGCCAUGGCUGAAGCAUGUGGAGUCAUCCUCUGUAAUAUCUGGGUGUUGGUUCUGCUGCUCCACAAACACAGGUCCAUCCUUUUGCGGCGCAUGUGCAGCCUCAUGGGGACGGUGUUCAUGCUGCGCUGUAUCACCAUGUUCGUCACCUCCCUGUCUGUGCCGGGACAGCACCUGCAAUGCUCAGGAAAGAUGUACGGGGACAUGUGGGCCAAACUGCAGCGCGCUGUGGCCAUCUGGAGCGGUUUCGGGAUGACUCUGACCGGAGUGCACACGUGUGGUGACUACAUGUUCAGCGGCCACACCGUGGUCAUUACCUUGCUCAACUUCUUUGUCACAGAGUACACCCCACGAAGCUGGAACUUCAUUCACACGUUGUCCUGGGUGUUGAAUCUCUUCGGCAUCUUCUUCAUCCUGGCCGCACACGAACACUACUCCAUCGACGUGUUCAUCGCGUUCUACAUCACCACCAGACUCUUCCUGUACUACCACACGCUAGCCAACACCCGGGCCUACCAGCAGAGUCGACGAGCUCGCAUCUGGUUCCCCAUGUUCUCCUUCUUCGAGUGCAACGUCAACGUUCCUGUCCCCAACGAGUACUGCUGGCCCUUCUCCAGACCGGCCGUGAUCAGGAGGCUCAUUGGAUGAUGAACAGCAGCGGCGCUGUCGGACACUUCUCAGCCAUGUGCUGCUCUUAGUCUGCUGUGUCAAGUUGCCAACUGAGGCGGUGUGUGAUGUCUUCAUCGACCAAGACUACUGUUGUGAUCCUGUUAGCGCUGAGGCCUGAUGGGAUACACAGAGCCCAUACCUUCUUAUAUUCUGGGAUUUAUCUUCAAACCUGCUUCUAGACGGAUUCAACAAAAUCACUAAAACCAUACAGGGUUUCUUAAAGGGUCUCGUUUAUUCGUUGCUCAUUCCUCCUCCUAAAGGGAUAUAACUUCAUGUAGCAUAAACUUGUUUUCAGUACCUCCUAUCCAUACGACUUUAAGUUUGAGUAUUUGGACAUGAUAACAGGAAACCACAUCAAAACAAUUCUCAGGCAGCAGGUUCCCUAAUCCUUCACAGCAGUUUGUCGUUUUCUGUGCAAUUUAAAAUACCCGAUCAUUUCAAGGUUUGGAUCCGGAUUCCUUCACUGAAUGUUUUCUUUUUGUAAACUCUAAAGGACCACUGUAUUUCCAAACAUAAAUCUAAAGGACCACUGUUGUCAGACUCUAGAUCUACGGACCACCGUUAAAGCAAUAUGUAAAGAUCUACAUUUCGCUGUUUGCUGUAUUGCAAAAUGAAACAGAUGCUACUUCUCUGCCGUCGUUUGAAAGUCUUCUUCAUUCCUUGAAAUAAUGUUCCUUGAUGUUGACGGAGCAAUUCAUUGCUCAGUGCUGGACAUACUAAAGGAUGAUAAUGUCGUUAUCAGCCAAAACAUAUAAGCAAAGAUUGAUUUCCACUUGUCUUAAGUAUAUUUCCAAUUGCCAAUUACCGUGAGUGUUAUGAUAGGUUUCUCCGUGUAGAAAUGUCCCAAAUAUUUCAUGUUGACUGUUUGAUUGCUGUAUAGUGUUUUUUUUUUAAUCACCAUACAGUGUAAAUGAUAAUAAUCUUUUGACAUUAACUUGUAGUAAUAGUUCUUGAAAAGGAUCCUUAAAUUUGUAUGUAUUUGUUUAUAUUAAUUUAUUUCAUUUUGUAACAGUUGAUAGGUAUUUUUAUAUUUCAUAUACAGUGUUACAGCAACAUGCACAUGAAGAGAUAUGUUUACAGUUGCUCCUGACAUGUAUUUAUUUGAAACACAAUGUGCUUUUUAAGUGUAAUGUUGAUUUCAGAGUGGCCUCUACAUUUCAUUGUUGCAGCGCGUUAGAAACAUGGUUAUUCUAGUUCUCUCAUUGAGGAAUGAUGGUCACGCAAAGCCGCAUUACUCGUCUCGUGUCUCAUUCAUUUCAAUCAUUAAAGAGCUGAAAUCAAA